UUAAUAAGGGUAGAUAUUUGAAUUUGCAGACUUGUGGUUACAAUUAUGCUCUGAAAUGGCAGUCAUUACGCUUUACAGUUGUACAAGCAACGCUGCAGAGAAAUCAGAUUACUGCUCAACCCCCAUGGCCGAACGGGAUCCAUUCCAUUUCAGCCCUCUUCAUCACUAUAAUCUUCUCCUUUUCCAUCUCUUUGUUCAUCAAUGAUUCAACCCCAGAAAGAAUUUCUUGCCUAAAAUUCAACUUCUUUGAUUUUCCUUUCCCUUCUGGUUCUUCCAUCGUUUUCCUAUCCUCACAUGGCGGCCACCCUUUAGUCAUUUUUGGCAUCUCCGAUUGUUUUUUGGGUUUCUUGUUUUAGUUUUUGGAUAUGGCUAUUCGAGGUGUCGAUUUCAAAUGGUACGAUGGCUUCUUCUUGUCUAUGCUUGCAACUAGUAUAAUAAUUGUGACCAUCAAUUGGAGAAGGUAUAAUACUUGUACAUAUCCUUUGCACAUAUGGAUUGUGGUUGAUUAUACCUCUGUGUUUGCUUUUCGCCUUUUGUUGUUCAUAGAUAAUGCACUUUCAGCUGGAAUGGGAUUAGAUUUUGGAUGGCAGCAGCGGUAUGCUCAUUUUUGUGGAAGAGUCGUGGUUCUUUCUAUCCUGUCUCUAUUGCUCUACCCGUUUCUAUGUGCGUGGACUGUUAUUGGUACCCUGUGGUUUAGAGAUGCUAAAGACUGUUUACCUGAAGAGGGACAGAAAUGGGGUUUCCUUAUUUGGUUGCUUUUCAGCUAUUGUGCCCUCCUUUGCAUUGCCUGCAUGUCAGUUGGAAAGUGGUUAGCGCGUAGACAAGCACACUUGUUCCGUGCCCAACAAGGCUUACCGGUAUCAGAAUAUGGGGUACUAGUUGAUAUGAUUAGAGUUCCUGAUUGGGCGUACGAAGCUGCAGGACUAGAAACACGAGCCAUUGCCCAAGAUGCUACAGGGUAUCAUCCCGGACUGUUCUUAACCUCAGCUCAGCGGGAAGCUGUGGAAGCUCUCAUCCAAGAACUUCCAAAGUUUAGGCUGAAGGCUGUCCCAACUGAUUGCAGUGAAUGUCCUAUUUGCCUUGAAGAGUUUCAUGUAGGGAAUGAGGUUCGUGGUAUGCCAUGUGCUCACAAUUUCCACGUUGAAUGUAUUGACGAGUGGCUUCGCCUGAAUGUCAAAUGUCCUCGAUGCCGCUCCUCUGUCUUCCCAAAUCUUGACCUCAGCGCUCUUUCUAACCUGCAUUCAGACACAGAACAAACAUCUCACAAUGCUUUUGUAACAACCCAACCUUCAAGUCUAUCGAGAUCGACUCCAACCCAUGCAGCUCAUACCGAAAACACAGCAAGUCUCCAUACUGACACUGCCUUAGAUGCUUUGGAAAAUGGAAAUUCAUCCAUGCCAUCUGCUUCUCCUCAUUGAUCUACAACCACCCUUUCAACCAUCUUAACCCAAACUCCUCAGAAAGAUUCAACACUGAUAUAAACCAGAAAAGGCAAAAGAACACUGACAUCUUCUAUAGUUGUUCUAUUGUAAAUCCUUCUAAAAACUUGGCGAAAGAGUGAAUUUUUUGUUAGGUUUUUGAAAGAUGGUUAUAAAAAUAUUUAUGAAUCUGACAGCGACCUUCAAAGUUUUAGCCAUGGAGGAAACAAGAGUUCACGUGGGUUUCUUCUGUUAGGCCAUGUUCAUGGCUCGUGGAUCUCAUAGAUUCCUCACCACUUGACAAAUAUUUCCCAUCAGAUCCUCCCUUUCCAUUUCCAA